CUCAGUUCAACACAAUCUCUCGAGAAGGACGGACCUAAAAUAUUAACAGAGCCGCUUUAAUAAUUUUAAUUAUAAAAAUUCAUAUUUCCUCAUUUUAAUUCAAGAUUAUGAAAGCAUCAACAAUUUUAACUAAUUAUUGAGGAUUAAAUUUGUGCAAGGAAUUAAGGAGCAGAUUUAUAAGAAUCGUUUUAUUAGAGGUAGUACCUAUAUAAAUAAAGGCGAAGAGAGCGAGAACGAGAAUAAAGCAAAAAGGCAGAUAAGAAGAAGGAAAAAAGAGCAUAAAAAACAAAAAGUCUGAAUGUAAUCAACUGUUUAACAACAUCAACUUAAAGAGACAGACAAGGAUAACAAGUGAAAAUGAUCUGCAUUUGAUUUGUCAUACUUUUACGUUGUGUGUUGAUUAAUUCAAUUUAACAAAACAAUAAUUUCGAAUGAGCAAGGAGUAAUUAAACAAAACAACAAAUAAUAGAGAAUAGCGAACAAGAAUGACGAUAAUAUUAUUUCUUAUUGAUACAUCAGCAUCGAUGUGCCAAGAAGCAUAUGUGAAUGGUGUUCAUAAAUCAUAUUUGGAUACGGCAAAGGGAGCAGUCGAGACAUUUCUCAAAUAUCGUCAGCGAUCACAAGAUUGUAUGGGUGAUAGAUAUAUGCUGCUUACAUUUGAAGAUCCACCAAAUAAUAUAAAGGCAGGAUGGAAAGAAAAUCAUGCAACGUUUAUGAAUGAAUUAAAGAACUUACAAUCGAAUGGAUUAACCACAGUCGGUGAAGCAUUAAAAGGAGCCUUUGACCUACUAAAUUUGAAUAGAAUGCAAUCUGGAAUUGAUACUUAUGGUCAAGGUCGUUGUCCAUUUUAUUUAGAGCCAUCGAUAAUUAUAUUAAUUACGGAUGGUGGUAGAUAUUCACACAGAAAUGGAAUUGAUAGUCAAUUGUCAUUGCCACUUAAUGUAAAUAUUCCUGGAGCGAAAUUGACAAAAGAGCCAUUUCGUUGGGAUCAACGAUUAUUUUCGUUAGUAUUAAGGAUGUCAGGACAUAGGGGUGAUGAAAGAACAGAAGGAAAAGUGCCGCAUGACGAUUCACCGCUUGAAAAGAUGUGUGAAGUAACAGGAGGUCGAUCGUACAAGAUUCGUAGUCAAUAUGUAUUAAAUCAAUGUAUCGAGAGUUUAGUCCAAAAAGCUCAACCAGGUGUUGUCAUCAACUUUGAUCCAGUAUUUAAAGAGCAACAGAAAGAUCUUAAAGAAACGGAUUUGCCUGAAAUGAUCUUUCAAAACAUGAAAAAGAUGAUUUUUGUACCAAAAAUUCCAAAUAUUAAGUCAUUUCCACUUGGAUACUGGCCAUUGCCUGAAUCUUAUUGGCCUGAUGUUAAAAUGACAUCACUUCCACCACGUGAUGCUCAUCCGAGAAUUAAAAUCUCACUUAUAUCACAAGAUGAGCCACAAAUUGUAAGAAAUUUCCCUAUUGAUAAAUAUGAAAUGGAAGGAAGUCCUCUAACACUUUGGAUAUUAUCGAAAAAAGAUCCAAAUAAAGUCUAUCCAAUAGUUGUAGUCAAUUCAAAUGGCGGUAAUAUGCACGAUCCAAUGGCACCUUAUCGCAUGCAUCCUCAAAUGACAAAUGAAGCACCCUUUGGAUACUUAAAAGCUAAUAGUACUUUAAUGGUUGUACAUUUUUAUGUUUUACCAUACAAUUAUCAAUUCUUAUUGCCUCUUUUAUGGGAACUUGUGCAUAAACUUAACUUGAAUCCAACGAGUGAAUGGAUUAAUAAAUUUGCAUCGUACGUCAAAAAUAUCCCACAAUAUUAUUGUCCAUUUCUAAGGAAAGCACUCGCCAUGAUCAAUAUUCCCUAUCAGUUACUACAAUACAUUCUACCAGAAUCACUCGAUAGCUAUCUUUCUCCGACUGUUGCGAAUCAAUUAAAGCAGAUGAAAAAUAUGGCAAAACAAGAGCAGGAAAAUCUAUGUAUGAGAGUAUUUAAGCAACUUAAACAGCCCCGAAUGCCAUAUCAUCAGCAUGAAACUGUAAAAUUAAAUUGUGGUCAACCAAUAAAAACAGCAGAGUUGGUCAAGCAUCCGAUGUUACGCGAUACAUUUCAGAAAAUUCAUGGUGAAAUUAGCAUUUUUGAUAACUUUAAUAUCAUCGUUCCGACCUUAACAAGUGUUCAGUCAACAAAGAAUUAUAGAAAUCCAUUUGAUAUUCCACGACGUGAUUUGAUCGAUGAAAUCGCAAGAAUGAGAGAUAACUUUUUCAGAGUGUCUUCAUCCAACUUGAUACUACUAUCAAAAGAUGCAGGAAACAGCCUGCCAAUUGCAGAAAUGGGUAAUUAUCAGGAAUAUCUUAAACGACGAGAGACACCAUUAAGAGAAUUAGAACCGACUAAUGUGAGACAGCAUAUGUUUGGUAAUCCAUAUAAACGUGAUAAGAAUAUGGUGAUGGUUGACGAAGCGGACGAUGGAAUUGACCCAAAUAAUGGUGCAUCAAAUAAUAAAAUGCAAAACAUAACGAAGAAGGACAUAAGAAUGAGUAGGAAAAGGAAGGCUGGUCCAAUUCGAAAAGAUUAUAUAUACAAACGAGCACGUUAUGAUUUUGGAUAUUCUUUACCACCUGGAUUGCCUUGUGGACCGUCUCCAACGCCAUCAGAAAUUGACGAUACAUCAGAUACAGCCUCAGAAAUAUCAUACAGUAUAGAUGACGAGGAUACACGCUCAGAAUUUAGUGAUGUCACAAGCGAUGAUGAAUUUAGAAAGAAUGGACAUAUUCCUGAUUAUAAUUUCGAUAGUAUAUUGAAUGACUCGAGUCCGGAUACAAUGCUUAACACACCAAGUCCGCAUUUACAAUUACCACAUUUAAUUCAGCAAUACCCGACUGUACCAGUUCGACAGCCGUCAGCUGGAUUGUCGCGACUUAAUUUGCAACAAUUAGAUUUACAAGCACCGCCAGCGCCACAUUUUCAGCAAAGCUAUCCAUCUCAUCACUUUCAUCAGCCACAAAUUGGUUCCGUGCCAGUCGUUCCACACAUUAUGCCUAAUAAUGGUGAUUUAUCAUCAAAUUCACUUCAAAAUCCAGCUGUGGGUAGUGCUGUAACAUCACAGCCAGUUCCAACAUCACCAACAACUCCCGCACCACCAUUUCCAUCGAUUUCAGUUAGUCUUAAUGUUACACCAAUUCCGAUAGCACGUACCAUACACAAUAAUGAUCUUAAUGAUGCUCAAAACAUCUCGAAAAUUCUUCAGUCAUCAAUUCACAACGGAACUAGUUCAUCAAUUACUGCAAAUCAUACAAAUAUUAACAAUAACAACAACAAUAGUAAUAAUAAUAAUAAUAAUGAUAGUAAGAGACUAUUUUUAGAUGAGGGAUCAUCUCAAGUUAAUCAUAAAGAAGAAAGACCAAAUAAUGAUAAGAAUCAUCAUCGAUCGAAGAGAAAAGCAGCACAGCCAAAAGUUGUUGAGAAACCAGAGCCACCAAAAACACCUAAGAAGCACACAGAAAAGCAGCAGCAGCAGCAGCCGCAACAGCACAUUCAUACAAAUGGAUUAAUAGAUAAGAAACCAAAUCACACAAUAAUGAAUGGAAAUAACGAUGAUACUGUCGAUGAUGAGCUUUUGGAUAAGAUUAAGGAUGAUAAUAUGGAGACGAGAUCGCUCGUGUUUAGGGAAAUUCGUAAACUUGGACGUGAUUAUAGUGGACUAUAUGAACAAUUAGGCAAAAUUAAAGGGUCAUUUGACAUGCGUUUAAAUUUCAUCAAAAUGUGUAUUGAGGAAGCGUCGAGAUUUCGUCGUAAGCACAUGGCGGACUGUAUUCAAGAAUGGUGGGUGUCACGAUGUGAUGGAACAAUUGCUGAACAAACGGGUAAAAAGCAAAAGAAAACGUAGUAGAAUUUUUAUAGAUAUCUUACCCUUUCAUAUCCUGUGAUAAAAAUACGUGAAUGAAUGAAACAAUUCUGGUGGAAUCUGAUUUCAAAUUAUAAUGUUUAUAUCAACUAUAUCAGCAAGCAAGAAUGAAAACAAAAACAGUUAAGGCAUAAAGUCAUCAGAGAGGAUAAACAAAAAAAGUAUUUUCUAAUAGAUGUUUUUAUCUUCAUUUUUACACAACCUGAGAACCCAAGUUUUUUUCUUCUUCUAUAAAGUUAUUAUUAUUUAUGUAAAUGAACUGCAUUUUCGCUUUUCAUAAUCCACACAUGUCAUGUAAUUAGUUGAGCCUUCUUUUUUUUAGAAAGAGGAAGUUAAGUGAAGAAAAAAAGUAGUUUCCCUCUAUUUGGGGAAUAGUAUUUAAUCUAAUCUGAUAAUUACUGUACAUAGAUUUUAAAUUUCUGAUUCGAAUAAUAAUAAUAAAUAAUUUGCAAAGAAGAAAAUGUGAA